AUGCAUAUGGCGCAUGGAGAGAUGGUCGAGGUUGAGCCAACAACAACGAUUCCGUCGCUUGAUCUUGUAGAGCGAAGAUAUCCGGAGUGCUCGCCCUUGGAGAUAGCAAAGUAUCCGUUUUAUGUUGCUUUGCUGCUGAAGAAGCAGAAUAUGUGCAGGAUCAGGCUCCCGAUGUACUUGCAGAUGGAAAGUUUGCAACAGAUACUUGCGGAGGAGAAAGAGACGAUCAAUGAGUAUUCGUAUGUGCCAGCACAUUUUUUUUCACUGGCGCAUGUGCUUCUAAAAAACUGCUACAACACUGAGGAUGUGGAGGCAAGCAAAGCAAUGGUUGAGAAGAUCAAGGAGAUAAGGCUUGGAAAGACAUUACAAGGAAUUAAGUGUUUAGAUGGGAGUGCAUUGAACUUGAACAACAUAACGAUUCUUGAAUUCAAUGAAGUCAAGGAAUUGAUCCUGAAUGCAAUCAGCAUAGGCAAAAAGAUAGUGAACGGCUAUGAUGGAUGA